AUGAGUAAUUAGGACGGCAUUAACAAUAAUGCUGUAUUUUAAUUUCCUUCAGAUUUGAAAAUAAGAGAAGAGAAUCAAUUAGAUUCAAUCUAAAAGAGUGAAGAUGAAAAACUAUAAUUAUUGUAGCCACAUACCUAAAGUUCUUUACCUUCUGUUGAGUAAUUAGAGAUACUGCAAGCACCUUAAUUGUUAUAAUACUUGUAUUAAGUAUAAUGAUUUGAAUAGUUCAUAAAUGUCAAUAGAUGAUCCUUAGCAUUAAUUAAGAAAAUAGAUGUCUAUUGAAUUGACUAGUCCAUCUCCUUUGAAAAAGCAAAAAGAAAAGACUUAUUAAACUUUUAUAGAAAUAAAGUAAGUAGAAAAAGAAGAAGAAGUACCUCACAUCUAAACUAGAAGAAAAGUGAAUAAAACAAAUUAUAAUGUUGAUGAUUCUCCAACUGAAGAAGAUGAUUUCAAACCUUGUCAUUGUGCUAAAACUCAUUGUUUAUAAUUAUAUUGUUCAUGCUUUCAUAAUCGAAGAUCUUGUACUAAUGAAUGUUAAUGUAAUGAUUGUUUUAAUGAUGGUAAACAUGAAGAAGAAGUAUUAAAAGCAGUUGAAUAAAUUAAAUUAAAAGAAUAAAGAGCAUCUCAUCAUGAUUUAGAUUCAUUUGAUACUAAAUAAGUAUGGGGUUGUAAGUGUAAAAAGACUAAGUGUGUAAAAGGAUAUUGUGAAUGUUUUAUUAGAGGAAAGAAAUGUACUUCUCAUUGUUAAUGUACAGAAUGUGAA